AUGGCGACCUGGGCAUAUCCCCCGCUGCCUCCAGAACAGCUCAAGCAGGAGGAAGAAAAGGCCCUGUCGAGAGAGCUAGAAUGGCUCUUGGCCUCCUUUCAGGAAUCCCUUGCCUCGUUGAGGGAGGGUCUCCAGGAAUGCGCUGAACUGCUUGCUCCCAAGGAGCCAGGUUCGACUUUGGUGCUCUCGUCACAGCGUUCCGAGAGUGUCAAGGGGUUUGUCACCAGAGUAGGAACGAGGAUUGUUAAAGGAGACAUCCACCUUCGACUCAACUCUCUUCCUCCGCCUCGUGGUGCUCCCAGCACCCGCCUCUGCUUAUCUAACAACCCAGGAGCCCCGGAACUCGUAUUGACUCAACUCGCAGCUGUGCGUGAUCUGGUGAAUCAGAGCUUGGACGUGGUCGAUGUUAGCACUUGGACCGGGGAUCCGUUGGACGCGAAUUUUAUAUCCGGCCAACUGCGACUUCUAUAUGAGAACAUUGCGGAAGCGAGGUCCACUUUAAAGGGGGACGCAGAUACCUCGAGGGGUCAGUGGUGGGAAACCAGUGCAGAUGAUAAUGUGUUCGAUCCUCCCUUACCGCCAUACGUCUCAUUCCAUCUUUCAGUUGCAGAUGCAGCUCUUGUCUUACACUUAAGAACCCUCGAACCAAAUGCCACUUCUCUUACGCCAACGGCUUUUGCGCCAGAUAUCUCCUUGACUGGUUUCUCGUUACGAGAAAAACUCUUUGGGCCCAGACAUCGGCCUCAUGAUGAGGCUGGCGAAAUCUUCACCUGGCGUGGAGAGGAGGUCAAAGUGAAAGAGAAGAUUCGGAUCGACAGCCAAGAUCCGAGUCUCAUUGCCGUAAUGGCUAAACUGACCGCUUUAGAACAUGAAGUCAUGAAGUGUAUAGCAUCUCUAAAGGUCGUGAUGGGAGACGAUGCAGAGUGA